AUCACCGCGCGCCCCCCGCGCCGAGGAUGGUGGCGGGCGCGUUCCCGCUGGCCAAGCUGCUGACGCUGGGCGCGCGCCAGCUCAGCCGGCCCCUGGCCGCGCGCAUCAAGGCGGGGGCGCGCGCGUCCCCCUUCUUCCGCACCUACAUCUGCCUGCCCCCCGCCCAGCUUUACCACUGGGUGGAGAUGCGAACCAAGAUGCGCCUCCUGGGCUUCCGCGGGGCGGCCGUGAAGCCCCUGAAUGAGGACGCGGCGGCCGAGCUCGGGGCCGAGCUGCUGGGGGAGGCCCUGGUCUUCGGGGUCGGGGGGCUCUGCCUCUACCUCGAGUACCUGCGGCAGGCAGGGCAGAGCCGGCGCCGCGAGGAGCACCUGGAGCAGACCCUCAGUGACCUCCGGCAGGGCCUCGAGCAGCUCCAGAGGGACCUGGACGAGCUGCGGGCCCAGGGACGCGCCCAGGGAGGGGCCGGACACGCCCAGGGAGGGGCCGGACACGCCCUAGGGAGCUCAGGAAACGCCCCUGCCCAAGCUGUGAUGGCCGCUGCUGGGGCUGGCCCCGCCCCCGCUGGCUCUGGACACGCCCCGGCGGGCUCUGGACACGCCCCUGUCGCGACAGGCCACACCCCCACGCAUUAAAGCACUUUUGGUGUCCUG